AUGAAGAUGGUCAAAAUUCGUAAGAAGGGUGGAAUAUUUGGCUACCAGAGGAGGACAAGGAAAGAUGAGAGGAGGAGGACAGGGAAAGGUGAGAAGAAGAAGCUGCGGCUUACAAGUACUCCAAUGGAGCAUCUUGUAGUGACCGGGCAGGAUCUUCUUGUGGUAACUCAAUAUGUGGUUGGUAGAUUUGAUUUUGAUGGUUUGUAUGUCGACAGCGCUGACCCGUAUGCCUUUGCCUACGAACGAGGCCUUCCGUGUGUGACUGUUGAUUUUGAUGUUCAUAAAUAUGACCCUGAGGAUGGGGAGUUUAAGUAUGUGGAAGGUUCGUCUUUGGGUGGUGGGGCUCUUUUUGUCGGCUUCUGCAGCGAUGCAGUCGCGUUACCGGCGGCUGAGUUCCCGGAGCUCAAGCCUAAUUCCAUUUACUUCACGGACGCAAUGGAAGAUGCGCUGAUUGACGAUUUCAAAACUGGUGGCCAUGACAUUGGCAUUUUCGAUUACGUGGAGAAGACUGUGUUGCCAUGCUAUUUUCCAUGUGAUGCCAAGAACAUGAGGAAGUCUUUCCCAGCGCCUACGUGGUUCUUCCCAAGUCGUGAAUGA